UUUUUUUUUUUUUUGCAUUCCACUUUUUCUGCGGUUUUUAUUUGGAAGCCUGUUAUGUAAAUAGCCAAACAGUCUGUUUAAUUGUACUAAAGCUGUAUAAAGACAUGUUCAACGAGAAUGCGUGCUUGCUCCUGGUUGGGGGAAACCGAUCCCGGCACCUGUUUGAAAGUAGCAUCUCUGUCCAGUGCUGGUAGAAGCAGAGCAACAUUUCACUCGUCCAGCAGACUGGAGGACAAGCGGCAUUGCUAUGUAAUGCAGAAGUCUUUAGAUUAAACUUAAAGGAAAAAAACGAACAAAAAAGAAAAAAAAAACUUUAUAAUUUAAAUUAUUGUUUUACACCAUUGUAGUGAUUGUUUUUAUAGAUUCCGAAACCUACUUCUAGCGCUCAAGACUUUUGCAGCUUGUCUACAGUCAUGUCCGUAGAUUUGGAAAAUCCAUUUUGUUGCCUUAUCAAGUUCAGUUACUUUUAAUUUAACCAAAAAAAUAAAUAAAAAUAAGAGAGUAGGCGGUGCCUAUGAAUGUUUUCAGCCUACGUUUUUGAGAAGAUGGGUUCUGUUCAUAAAUCAGUGAUAUGGUUUGUGUUUUUGCUUUGUCCCAUUAAAAAAAACAAAAACAAAAGCUGAUGUUUAUAACAGCUCACAUUUACACCGUUUACUUCUCACCUUUGGAAAUGACUUGAUCAAAUCGAACGCUUGUUUGCAAUUUGCAGCUAGUUUCCCUGGAAACAAUGUUUGAAAAAAGUUUUUUUAACUGUACAAUUGAAGGUUGAAUCUUCAGAUGUGCUGUUUUUUUUUUUAAAGGCUCAUAGCAGUGUUAAGUGGCCACUGAAAAGUUUUCCAGACUUAAAUGGAAACUUCAUCAUAUAGUGACAACUGUUGCAGAUCUACUUGGUGCCUCGAGCUGAUUUGGUGAACUCGCCUCUCCUCAUUUUAUGAAAAGCAAGAUUUUUGUUUCGUUGUUUAAAGGUGUUUUGGAGUGAAGAAGAAGAAACUGUUCUGAGAUAGGCAAUGGUCUCUGCAAUUUUAGUCAAAAGGUGCUUUAAGCUGAUUAUUCUGAAUCAAAGGAUGUUUUUUCCCCCACAACCUAGAAUUCAGUCUGUUUAAAAACCUAGAUCAGAAAUAGUUUUAGCUCAUUUUUUCUGACUGAGUCUUAAAGUCACAGAUUUUCUCCCCAUUUUUUUUUUUUUUUUUUUUUGUUCUGCGGUAUCCAGUUCCGGCCAACUUUGAGCUGUCAACAGAUUCUAAAAUAUUUCAUUAUACAGCAGGAUAAAUGGACCACAGUGACUGCUAAACAAGCCCAGACCAUCACAACCCCACCUCCAUGCUUGACAGCCGAUUUGAGAUGUUUGUGACAAUAUGUUUCACCAAACUUCUCUAGCCUCAUAUGCACAAAGCACAAUGUUCAAAAAGUCUCUUUGUUCUCUUGGUUCCAUCAGAUGUGAUUUUGCAAACUAAUGUCUAUUUUUUUCAGAGGGCAGGUUUUCUCCUGGCAACUAUACCAGAGUGGUCAUACGUCUGCAAGUUAAUAUGGUCACUAAUAUUAACAUUUAGCUUUCCAAGUGAGGCCUAGGGUGUCUGAGAUGGAGCUCUUGGGUUUUGUAAUUUUUCUGACUGCUUCACUGUCUGACCUUAUGAUGAGUUUGCUGGGAUGUCUCAAAUGUUUUCCGGCAGACGAUGUUUCAUCCUUUAAGAUUUGUGGCAUUAAGAGUUUAGAAAUUUGACUGUAGAUAAACGGUAACCACUGGUUAUUUAAGGUCCUUGCUAAAAAAAGAAAAAAAUAUUCUUUUUUUGUUAGCAAAGUGAAAAACAUACUUUUAAGGACAGGUAGCAGGUGAUCACUUAAUCAAUAGCAUUAGCUUGACGACACCAAGCUGAUUUUUUUCCCCUCCCCAAUUUGGCUUAAUUUUGUUUAAUAAGUGACUGUAGAAUACGCUUUUGAAUCUUCUGUCCAAAAACAUUCUACAACCAGGUUAAUGCCGUAUUUUAAUUGUCAGGAGUGCUUGCAUGGGCAGAAUAAGUUGAAUUUUUAAUACAGAUAAUGUCUUACUAAAUAUUGGACCAGCUAAUUUUAGAAUACAACAUUGGUCAUUGGCGAUAUUACAAAUAUAAAACGGUGAUAAUGUGAUCAGGUUGGCUAAAAGUUGAAUAGUUUCUGCUACCAUUUUCAUACUGCAGGUAGGUUUCAGCAUUUUGUCGUCUUUAUAUGUCACGACUCAUGAAGAAAGUUGGAAACCGUCUAUGGACGUGACUUAAAAACAUAACAAAACAGGAUAUUACUCAAAAGAAAAGCGCGUAACACAACCCCCAGGAGCUCGUUUAUCCUGCUCCCGGUUUAAAUCAACUACAUGUACCGUGAUUCCUCGCUUCAGAAGCGCACGUCCCCUGUCUGUUCUCCACGUGAUAUCCACCAGCCAAUGGGGAGGUCCGUUACAGGCGCAAUGCGGGUAUCUGGAUGUAAGGAGGAAUGGCGACGGUCGAGACGAUUUAGGAGGCCAGAGUGAAGCAGAAUUUGACCAGAGGCUGAUUAGAGGUAGUUCGAGCAUUUGCUUUUCAAAUAUUCAUAGAGAAAUAGGCUAGAUUGUAUGGUACAAAAGAUUCUGUGUAGCAAUUCUGCACAUGCUUGUUACAUUUGAAGCACUCAGAAACAUUUGAACUGAUGUAAGAUCAAUGAGGCAGUGUUCUUUUAUUACAAGUUUGGUAUUAAAGAUAGUAUGCAGUGGUGUAUGGGUUUUUGCCCCCCACUAACUCUCAGUGCCCCAGAAAAAACGCAACUGGACAAUGAAUUAUGUGUCACCAUUUAAUGAUUUGUUGAUGGUACUAAGUUUUUAAAAAGCACAGUUAAGAUUAAAACUUUUCUCUGUGAUGCUUGAUGACAUCACAAGAGAUUCUGGAAUUAACUUGAAUUGGUGAAUACUAUGGCAGAGGAGAGAUUUUUGCUUCAUUUUUAUAUAGAUUCUAAAGCUCUUGAGAUGCAAGAGGUUAAACUUUUUAUGCUCCACCUUGACACCAAAUUACGAUAAAAGGCUUGUUUAGCUGAAGUCUUUAUUUUAAAACCCUGAAAUGGACAGUGAAGUCAUCGUGUCCUCCUCAUCGGCCUCCCCUCAAACUCCCGUCACCCAGUCCAGCUUAGCUGCAAAGCAGCGAGAAAGCAGGAGGUCCACGGCCACAACUCCCGCCUUUCUCUCCAACCUGGGUAGGGCUACCCUGCGGGGCAUCCGCAAAUGCCCUCAGUGCGGGGUCUACAACGGCACCCGUGGGCUCAGCUGCAAGAACAAAGCCUGCGGCGUGACCCUCAGAGAUGCCUCGGCGGGCUGCAAAAGCGGCAAGAAAGGCGCAGUGGAGGUGGUGAGGGUGAUAACCGACAGCGAGGAGGAGAGUUUCGGGAAGGAGCAGGAAGCAGGAGGCGGAGGUGCGCAGGUGUUUUCGGUGUGCCACAGAAGUAGAGGAGCCACGCAGUGGGGCUUCGUGGAGCUGGUUCCCACAGACACAGCCAUAGCGACCGGGGAUGGAGCCACCCUGCUCACGCGCAUCAACCUGGGCCGCUGCUUCCUGCCCUCGUGCAGGCAGGGCGAGAGGUCAAGCAAGCGCGAGCCAGACUCGGCGUCGACGGAGCCGUCCUCCGACAGCCUCUGCGUCCACAUUAAGCAGGCCAUAGACUGCCGGAGCCGCGCCACGCCGCUCACCUUUAAGAGCUCCGUCCUGGAGGCCUUACAGGCUUCCAUCCAAGCCAGGGAGGAGCUGUGGCGGCUGGCCACCGAGUCCCCCGGGCCUCUGGUGCAGCGGGUUUCUAAAGACACCCUGGUGGUGAAGUGCCACACGGACUCGCAGCAUCCUCUGGGCCUGCUGCACCUGACGGUGGCUCAGAUAGAAACGCAGAAGAACAACAGGAGCGUGUUUCACUGUAGCUGCCAGCUCAGCGCAGGAAGGAUGAAACAUGGCGCGGAUGGAGCUGGCUCUCUCCCGGCCUCUUCCCAGCCCUGCCUUCACUUCUACGCCUGCGUGUGCGCCUUCUCGAGCAACGAGAAGCUGGCGGCAGAGUUUGCGGCUUUCGUCAACUAUUCCUCAGUUGUACAGCAGAACGCUGCCGGUGAAAAACCCCUGCAGCAGGCCGAACCCAACAACUCCCACCACAAAGUGAAGAAGCAGCGUUUGGAUGAGCCGGCCUCCGCGGCGGGGAAAGAAGGCGCCCCGGCCUCCGCUCUGAGGAAAGCCGGUCAGAGGAAAACCGCUGGUGGGCUGAAGGCUGCAGGCAGUGCUCAGGUUGUGGACGAGCUCUCAGUGACGAUGGGGUUCCAGCAGUGGCUAGCCAGCGUGACCGAGAGGAUCCAUCAGACGAUGCAUUACCAGUUUGACGGGAAACCCCAGCCGUUGGUCUACCACAUCCCCCAGGAGUUCUUCAACGCCCUCCAGCAGCGUCUGUCACUGGGAUCUAAGAAGAGAAGACUGCCCAACCUCACAACAGCAUUUGUGAAGAACGACGGACUUCCUCUGGGCUCCUUCUCCAAGUACACCUGGCACUUCACCAAUCUGCUACACGUCAAACACAUUUUUGACACUCCGGAGCUGCCACUGGAGGUCACUCAGAGUUUUGUAAAGAAUCUGGACGGCUCCUACUCUCGCUUUCACCUCCCUGAGCUGCCGCCCGAGCCAGAGUCAUUAGACGGAUACAGAACGGAGCGUCCGCCGACCAUACGACCGAUGGAGCACCGCACUUUCCUCAAAGUCGGACCGAGUUCUGGGGACCAGAAGGAGUCCAGCCCCUUCGUGAUCGAGUGGAUCCCCGACGUUCUGCCUCGCUGUCAGAUGGGAGAGCUCAGGAUCAGCUUUGAAUUCGGCCACCAGCAGAGCGGCCAAUCGGAGUGCCAGGAGAAAGCGGGCGGGGCAGAGAAAAAAGCUCGCAGAAAGUCGGACGUCUCUCAGCCCAAAGUCCCGAAGAGUGUCGACGUUCUGCAGGUGGUUGUAUAACAGCCGCCAUGUUCCUUCCACUGUUACUGUAGCAAUCGCACAUUGAGAACAAGAACAUGUGGCCUCCACAUAAAUCUGUUUCCUAGUAUUAAUAUAUGCAAAGUAUGCAGAAUAAACUGCCAAGCAGGUUAUGGUUCUUGUUUCCACUGCUUUA